AUGGAGUUUGCGAAUGGGAAAAAGGAUGUGGUUGAUCCUGAAGUUCGAGCUUAUGUGUCGAGUCUUGUCACUGCUCUUGGAGGAAGUGGUGCCGAUGAAGAAGGACGGUAUAUACUAGGAGACGACGCACUUGCCUGUCUUCGAGACUUGAAGAGAUGGUUGAAACUAUACGACGAGAAAGCAAAUCGAUUCGACGUAGCAAGAUGUCUGGCAGAAUCGAAUUUGGUAGGAGGAGAUUUACUUCAAAUCCUCGCAGCAUGGCCCGAAAACGAGGACGAGAAUCGCAUGAAGUCCAAAAUCGCAUUGGCAUGUUUAGAAUUACUGGUCCCACUCACCUGGCCUUUAUCGAACGACAAGAAGGAAAUGACUGUAAACCACCACAGGCACAUCCCGUAUUUGCAAAUCGCGCAAUUGGGGUACAAACGAUCGAUUGUGAACUUUGAUGGUGCGAGGAUUUUACAUACCGCAGUCCGAUGCGCUUUACCUUCUAUGGCUCAGGAUGCUGGGGAUCGGAGUACCAGAGAUGAAGGAAUUAUCAAGCUUUUACUAUACUUUAUUCGGAAUAUCGCUAUGAUUGCACCACCGCCAAACGUACAAUAUGAAGGAGACGAAGCGGAGAUAUCGAGGUCAGCCACAAUUGAUGCGUUCGAUUACCAGGAUAUAUUUCAGCUACUACUAACCUUAUCUUCCUCGAUGGGAGAGGAUUUCAAUACUCAAGAUGUUAUAGUGAUGGAUGUGAUAUUCCAUCUAAUCAAAGGUGUGGAUAUUGAAAAAUUGUUCAUGGAUGAGGAGAAAGUGAGUAAUAGUAAGACGGAUGAGUUGAUACGAUUACGGAAGAAAGAAGCUGCGAUGUUGCGGAGUUAUCAGAUGCAUGCACCAACGCGACACAAUCGGUUUGGAGCAAUGGCUUGGAUACAGAGAGAGGACUCGAAAAGGACAACAAUUUCUGGACAAGCUGCUGUUACUGAUUCUACCCGAGGUCUGGCCAAAAUGGAUAGCACGAAGAAGUUUAAACCUCCACAUAGAGCCCACAAAGGAGAGACAGGACCCAUGGACUUUGAUAACCCUGUCAGUCUAAGUGUACAAGCCACCAAACAUCUACGGACUUUCGUCGAAGAAUUUCUUGACGCUGGAUUCAAUCCCUUAUUCAACCAUAUCCGAAAGGCAAUUGAUAGAGAAGCAGAAAGAAUUAUGGAUAGCCAUCCUAGGCAAUUUUUCUAUUUAGUGGCGUGGUUUCUAGAGGCUGAGCGAGCACGAAGGAGAUGCAAAAAAUCCGACAAGAAACAGAAGCCCGAGGAUGUUGACAGCUUCGCCCUUGUCGCAAGCGUCCUGAAUCAGGAAAUGUUUGUGACGUUGAACAGAGCGAUGGACAAAACAUAUGAAGAAAAAUCGUGGGCAGACCUUAGUGCUGCUAUGAAAUGCUUCACCCAGAUCCUUCUCACGGUUCAAGAAAUGUCCGAAUCACCUCUUGAAGACGACCAAGAAAUUGCCGAAAACAUCCUCAACCGUAUCUUCUACGAAGAAACGACACACGACAGGGUUGCUAACAUAACACGCACUUAUAAAGACCAAGGAUUCGGUUAUCUGGAUUCUACUACGGAACUAUCGCAUAACUACUUGCGGAUCCUGGAGCAGUACUCGAAACAAAACGUGGACUUGCAAGUCAGGUCUCGAAGAAGGGUCAGAAAGAAGAAGAAAGCGGCUCGAGAAGCGGGAGAGGAUGCCCCUGAUGAUGAUGUGAUUGAUGAGUCAGAGGGUGAAGAUGAGUCUAGGGCUCAGAAGAUGUUGCAUGAACGGAAGUUUGACUUCAAGAAGUUUGCAGCGAGGUUCGUCGUCCAAGGAUGUGUCGAUACGUUCGUCAAGUUUACUUCGUACUAUAAUGACCUUAAGCCGGCGCAAUUGAAGCGGGCGCAUCGGUACUUUUAUCGGGUAGCUUUUAAGCAGGAGAUGGGUGUCAUGUUAUUUCGGGUCGACAUCAUUCAUCUUUUCAAUAAGAUGAUCAAAGGUCCAGAGGGCUUAGAUCCUCAAUCUAGCUCUUACAAGGAAUGGGAGGAAUUCGUUAAACAGAUACUUAGACGUUGCUUCAAGAAGAUGCAGGAACGCCCAGAAUUGGUUGUCGAGAUGCUCUUCUCAAAGAUCAAUAGCACAGCUCAUUAUCUCGAGUAUGGCUACGAGAAGCAGACGGUAACCACAACGCCUCGUGCUGCGGCUGCACUCGAAGUCAAACCUGGAAUGGAGUGGGAGGAGCAAGUCGGCAUCGUGGUGGGUGCAUUACUGGACAAGAGUGACGGCGAGCAUUUGCAAUGGAUCAAGUCAAAACUCAAGUCUGGCGAGGAUGAGCGGAGAAGCUGGGAAGGGCUAAAUGCCGCUUUACCGUCUGUAAAAACCAAUCCCUCAGAAGAGUCAAGUGAGACACCGGCUGAGCAGGUGGAGGCUCCCAAACCACCAUCAAUUCUGAGACCCGAUAAUGACGCCCGCAAACUAGCAAUGUUUAAAAAUGGUCAACUGAGACUCUUGAUGACUCUGGUCGGAUUUACAAAUGUCGGAGUAGAUCUGGAUCCUGAAGGGUCUUGGAUUAUUCCAUCAAAUAUUACUGCCGACCAACUUAAGCAAUCCCAUGAUCUCAUCAAACAAGCGGAACACUCACCACCAGAGUUUGGAGAUGGACAAGAAGCAGCAGAUUUUCUCAGAAGACAGUCGGCAGCUGCAAACUCCAGAAAGAGAGCAGUGUUCGAUGACGAUGACGGUAUUGACGACGAUGAUGAAGAGCUUAUGUUCGAACCGGGUGGACCUACAGCCAUGAAGCCCUCAGACGCCUUAAAGGAGCUCAAGAAGAAGCGUAAGCUUCGGCGGAAAGGAAGUGAAGACGGGGAAGAAGGAGGGUUGACAGAUGAGCAGGUGGCUGCUAGGGCAGAAGCACGUCGCUUGAAGGAGUUGGAGAAGAACCGAAAAGUCAAGAGUGAUCUUCUCGUACACGAUAGUGAUGAUGAGGAUGAUGAAGCGCGAGAUGCUGCUUUCUUUGCCGAGGAAGCGGCGAGACAGGCGGCGAAGAUCGCCACGAUGAAGUCUCUACUAGGUGUUGGAAAGCCUAAGCCGCCUGCUGAGAAGUCUAAUAAGAAGAGGCAGUCCAAUGCUCUCUCUGAUGCUUCCAAUGAUGACGAAGUCACGCCAGCUUCAUCAGGCCAGAGAAAACGCGUAAGAUCUCAGUCAGACAGUGAAGAUGACGAUCAUGCUACCUCGGAUUCUCCGGCGACUGCGAAGAAUGAUCCUCUUGACUCGGAUGCAGAGGGGACAGUUACGCCAAUGUCAAGUCCUCAUACGCGGAAUUUGAAAGGGAAGAAACGGAAGGUUGUUAGCGAUGACCAGGAUGAGGAACUUUCGGUUCUUGACACCAUUUCUGGGAAUGCAAAGAGUAGUGCUAUGGUUAUUGAUGAUGAUGACGAUGAGGAUGAUAUUCCUAUUGUUAAGCCUGUUAGGCAGAGGGUUAGGGCUGGGUUUAUUGUUGAUAGUAGUGAUGAGGAGUGA